UGUUUCUUAGAGCACUUCCAUUGGUAUGCAUCUCACAAAAAUAUUUCAUAGAUAAACUAUAAUUUAAUAAAUAUUUAAAAUUUUAGCCAUUAAAAUAGAUUCAACAAAUAAGAAUCAACACAUGUAAUAAAAAUAUCUUAAUAUUUUGUUGGAGUUCUCGUCGAAGAAUUUUCUUUCUUUCUUUUUCCACAUUUCUUAAUUGUUUUCAAUUAAUUUAUCUUUAAAUACAAUAAAAUGUCAGUUUACAUACUUCCAUUGAGGUUGUCCUUAGCUAUAUCGUUGUGAACUUGUGAUUAUGCACUAAAUCACCAUAAUCGGGCAAUUAGUGUGUGUUUAGUUAGUUCUGAGAUCUUCUUAUUUUGUUAUGUGAAACUGUAAAAUAUGAAAAAUCAAAUAGCGCCCGUGGCCUAAUGGAUAAGGCGUUUGACUUCUAAUCAAACGAUUGUGGGUUCGAGUCCCACCGGGCGUGAUUAUCUUUUUCUUUGACAAAAAAUAAAUAAUCAUGUUGUUUUAGUUGAAAGUACUAACAGAGUUUUUGCUGGUGACAUCAACAAGUAAAACACUAAACAUUUUUAACUCGCUCAAUUAUUUUUAGUGUUAAAUAUAACUCUAAACUUGUUUUAUUUUAAGGUAUAAUUGUUGGAAACGAUCAAGAGGGUGACGAUUCAGUAAUCUAAGCUCAUGUGCCUUUGAACAACAUGUUUGGCUAUUCCACUUCUCUCCGCUCCAUGACACAGGUAAGUACUACCAUCAUUAUCAUCAUCAUCAUGAAUGUUAUGAAGAAAAGUUACUUUAUAAAAAUUGACAGGGAAAAGGAGAGUUCGCGACGGAAUACAAAGAACACAGUGAUGUGUCUAACGAAGUCCAGGCUCAGCUCGUCAACGCCCACAACUGAUUAGUUCCUUCAAUUUUUGAUAUUUGUUUUUUCAUAGUCUUAACAUUCUUUAUACAGUUGAAGGAACUAAUCAGUUGAUAUUUGUACAGUGAACAUAAUCACUCAGCAUAAAAUGCUUAAUGGGCAUUGUCGAAAAAUCCAUUUCGAGAUUACUGGGUCUUGAGCCCUUCUACCUUUUUAAUAUAUUAGUGUUAUUUUUUUGUCUACCUGGUGGACAUACAAGACUCUGCUACACAACAACGAGACCAUUAGAAAUGAGUUACAAUAUUAAUGGCCCAAUAGAUUGUCACAACGUGAUGAUGCUGAGCUGAAAGUAUAAGGUUGAGUUUUGGUUUUGAGUUUUGCAAAGAUAUAUUAACAGACCUCAGGCCGAAGCAUAACACAGUUCGUUGGGUACGUUUAUUACAAAAUGGCACUUCGAAGACGUUGCAACUUUGGGCUAUGUUCUAAAAAAUAUUUUCCAGCUCAGUGGUUUUCUCUUAGGUAUGGAAGAAGUAACACCAAAUAAACUCCAGAAGAUGCUUAAAUCCAUAUAUUUUCAGAGAUAUAUAACGGGAAAAGGACAAAUAAACUUUAUCUUUGUCUUUUUUUUUUGAUCAAAUAACUUUAUCUUUGUCUAUAGAUAUGCAAUAAUGCAGAGUAAUAUUUUUUUUAUAAAUUGAAUAGCUCCGACACAAUUUCUUUGGAUAGAUUGUCACCAAUCGUCGCUGUCGCCUUCAGCAGAAAGUAGGCUCCACGGCCCACAAUCAUAUCAACGGUACGGCCUGGUUAAAUCACUUUCCUCUCUUUUUCUAUCAUUUUUGGAUUGUUGAUUAUAAAUCAUUAUAGUUGGAGAAUACUUCAAGAGCAGCAGACUACUUGCUUUUCUUUUUUCGUAACAGAUAAUUUAUAAUAGUUUGAUACUUUUUUUUACUUCCGUUAGCUUAUCUUUUUAAAUUCGAGAAAAACAAUAAAUAUUUCAGUUGCGAUUAGUAUUUUUUGUGAAUUUGAGUAGUAAAGCUUUUUUUAACUACUUUUGUUCAUCUUUUGUCUCCUUCAUAGGAGAUUCCAUUUCCAAAAGUCAUUACAGGAAAAGAUCAAAUAGUAAAGCUUUUGAGUAAAAGAAAAUCUUCAGAACAGAAAACGUUAAGCCAAUUGACACUGCCCUUCUUGGGUGUUUCUUGAAAAUGUAAAAUUAACUAUAGAUAUAAACUGUAUAUAAAAAAUAAAGGUUGCAGUAAACACUAAUUUGAUAAAAUAUUAUACUAUAAAUUAUGGGGAUAAAGGAAGAGCAUAUGGUCUAUCAGUUUUGCAUGUUAUUCGUCAGUAAACAUUAUUAUAUAAACAAAAAAGAUGGUUUCUGCCUUUUAUAUAUACGUAAUUUUGUUCCUCUACAAUUGGCAGCAGAACGAGCGUCGGUGAGGAAAACUCAUAAUAAUACGGCACAUGAAGACGCACGUGUUCUUACUGUUUACUUUGGGAUCACCGCCUCUCUGUCACGUCACGUGAUUCAAGAAAAAAAAACUUUAGUAUAUAAGAUAAUGUCAAUAUAAUGACAUAUAUUCAUAGUUACAUGUGUAGUAGUAAUAUUAAUAUAUACGAGUUAGGAGCGGUCGUUCGUAAUGGUCACUUGCUGGCUUCAGAGUCACGAGACCACAACAUUUCGGGAGCAUGGAAUCCGUAAGUCAAAUUGGGUUCGUUAAAAUAUAGAUAUAACAAAAGCAGGAGACUCUGAUUGAGAAAGAGGGACCAGCGAGAAGAUAGUGCCACUGCCACCGUACGUUGAUGUACUUUGAUGUUUGCAUGUGGUUAUACUUCACUGCAGCAUAUAUCUAAUCUUGCUCGGUAAACAACGAUAUAAAUAGUAAUUUCGUUGUAACAUGGGAAUGUACCGUACGCAUAAGAAAGUGAACCUUCUGAGCCAAGUAGAAGAUGACAGCUGGAAAAGACAUUGUCGGUAGUGUGUGAAAAUCAAUUAAAAAUAGUGAGAAAAAACAAAUAUCUCAUAUGGGUUCCUCUGGUUCCGUGCUAUCGUGUUUAGUUAAUGCUGAUGUGCAGUGGGGUUGGGUCCUUGUGGGGGAGUCACUUUGGUAGUAACAAUUUUUAAAAAAAUUAAAUAUGAUUUCAGAUUAUUCAAAGAUUAUAUAUCACACUUAAUCAUAAUGUUACAAACCCUAGCAGCCGUCAUACGACACGGCCCGUUUCUUUCUCCUCCUCUUCAAUUCAACACAGUUUUUCAUUUAGUUUUGUGAAGACUUCUUAAAAUAUGGGAUAAAUAAUCACUUGUUCAUGCAAACCAAUAUGCAUUCAAAUUCUCUUUUUGUUAGAACAGCUCCAUUAACAAGCUCUAGAAGGAGUUUUAACCAUUUAAAAAAAUGAAAAAUAAUUAAAGUUGAAGAGAGAAUGCAAAAAAAAUCUAAAAUAAAGAUUUUAAGAAUUGGUUAUCCCUUACUAAUGAGAAAUGUUACUUAGAGCAUGAUUAACCCGAAAUUUUUAGGAUGAGAUUCUUAACGGAAGUUAAAAAACUGUUUCUUAACUUCUGCUAAGAAUCUCACUCUAAGAACCUCGAGUUAAUCAUGGUCUUAAUUAAGAUUUCACUUAGUUUUACAAAAGCAAAACUUUAUUAAAUUGUAAUAAUAAUAUUUUGUUUUAGAAACUCUUUUGAGAUGUAACUGAUAAUGUUGCUUUUAUACACAACAUUUCCAAACACCAAAAAAAUCAUAUCUUCUAAGAUAUACAUUCAUAUAUAUGAGGUUGUUUGUUUUGGUUUUCUAUACUUCAUUAUCUAAUUCUUUUUUUUUUGUACAACAUUUUGCCCUCACAUGCAUCCACGUGGCCCAGUGAUCUUUUCCUUUAUUCGUUCGUUUAUUAUUUUCGCAAAGGUGAAAAUUAUUUAUCUUUAGGAAUUAGGACUCAUGUGUGGAUAGGCCAAGAACUAUAUAAGAUUGUUGGCAUGUACAGUAAAGCAUGUGUUAUACCUUCAUUUAUAUGAAAAAUACUAAAAGAGAGAGAGGCUAAACUUAGGUUAAUCAAUCCUUCUUAAUUAUUCGUCUGCAGCUUAGUAUUUAAUAGAGGAAAUCACUUUAAAUUUUUUUUCCUGCUUAUAAAAAUCAUAAUUAAAUAAAUACGUUGAUGUAUACGCCUUGUUAGUUGGACAAUGGAGCAGAUUUUCAUUGCACAUGAGCGGAGCAAAUUCUCAGAUUUUCAUUGCACAUGAGCGGAGCAAAUUCUCAAAUCUAAUUAGGUGCACAUCUAUAUAUUUGAUAUAUUCAAUCUUUUAUAUAUAUAUAUAUUUCUAAAUAUGUAACAAAUUUAUUUUAAAAAUAGAACAAACGACUUGGUAAAUAAGUAGUAAAGUUUUGAUAUACGGAUGAAAUAAUAGGUAUCAUUUAUUUGAAAGAAAACAAACACAGAGAAUAGGUAGACCCACUACAAAAUACGUACAUAGUAUUAGUACAGAAGCAUGAAAAAGACGUAUUUUUUUUUGUCAACUAAAAAAAAGACGUAUAUAUGAUGGCUGAGAACAUUUUUUGUAAUUAGGAGAAAAUACAAAAUAUGAAAUUACACACAGGUUAGUUUAACUAUGUUCUGGUUUGAAAAAGUUGAUUCAGUAGUUUUCUGGUUAGAAUGCGGCAGUGAGAGUAAUUGGUAAAAUCUGAAAGUAUAUAUAUUGACUAUUUUCCUAAAAUCUAAAAAUGAAGCUUUUGAAAAUGAGUUCAACCAAAGUAAAUUCCUUAAUACUGAUAGCGAUCGUGUUUGUGAUGUUAAAAUAUAAUUAAUUAUAUCCAUCAGGAAAUGAUCAACUUUCAGAUAAUAAGAAAACAAAAUCAAACCGAGUAGAAUACACCAGUGCAUUUGAAUCAUCAACGCAUUUUCUCAAUAUAUACACCACUACAGCUGCUGCAAACCCUAAUAUUUAUCAAAACACGUAUGUUGGUUUAUAUAUAGUCUUAUAAUGAAUAUAUUCACGAGAAGACACGUGUAUAUAAAGUUAACUAUUCGACUCUUGAAUUGAUUUUCAAAAUUAGCUCCUGAUGGCCUAAGAGCUGAAAGAUCAUUAUUUGACAUGUAACAUGUUAAACUCGAGUAUAAUCACUACAGUGUCAUUCUGUCAAUCCUGGUGAAUCACGAUGGGUAUUUCUUCACAUACUACGUACGUAGAUGAGUUCAAAAUUCGACUCAUCUAGUCUCUUCAAUCAUAUAUAAGUUCAAGUAACUCAUAGUUAUCCAUGUAGCUAGUAUAAGUUUUAGCGUUUUAAUAUCAAAUAAAUAGUAAGUGGAUAGUGCGUAUAGUGUUAAAUAAUUAAAAAAGAAGAAUGAAUGUGAUGAGUUGGGUCGAGUCACUCACGGUGCAUGGUCACUCUCUCUGCACGUUCUCUUGCCCUCUUCUCUUCUCUCUCCCUUUCACUAUCUCUCCCUAUUAAAUACUCACCAGUCACAGACUCUAGAAUGUGCGAGAGAGACAGAGACUGAGUUUGUAACUAGCAAUGGACGUCUAUGGCUUAUCUUCACAAGACUUACUAAGAGUCGACGACCUUCUUGACUUCUCCAACGAAGACAUCUUCUCCGCCUCUUCUUCCACUUCCACCGCCGCUACUUCCUCCUCCUCUUUCCCUCCUCAGAACCCUAACUACCACCACCAUCAUCUCCCUUCCUCCGCCGAUCAUUCCUUCCUCCACGACAUCUGCGUUCCCAGUGAUGACGCAGCUCACCUGGAAUGGCUCUCACAAUUCGUCGACGACUCCUUUGCUGAUUUUCCGGCGAACCCACUAGGAGGAACUAUGACGUCCGUGAAAACUGAAACCUCGUUUACGGGGAAACCAAGAAGCAAAAGAUCAAAACCUCCAUCUACUUUGGUCGGAACAUGGGCACCGAUGUCGGAAACCGACCAGAAUAUUCACGUUGCCGGGAGGUCCAAGCCUAAGAAAGAACACUCCGGCGGAGGAGGAAGACAUCAAUCUUCGUCAGCGGAGACGGCGGAAGGAGCAGGGUUGAGGAGAUGCACUCACUGUGCAUCGGAUAAGACGCCACAGUGGAGGACAGGACCACUCGGGCCUAAGACGCUGUGUAACGCCUGUGGAGUCCGGUUUAAAUCCGGUAGGCUUGUACCGGAAUACAGACCGGCUUCGAGUCCAACUUUUGUUUUGACUCAGCAUUCAAACUCUCACCGGAAAGUGAUGGAGCUGAGAAGACAGAAGGAGGUUAUGAGACAGCCACACCAAGUCCAACUUCAUCACCACCACCAUCCGUCGUUUUAGUCCGACGUCAUCUUUUUGUUUUCUUUUGUUCUUCUUGGAGGUUGGGUGGUCACGUGAUGUGUCGCGAGUCUAGUGGUGUUGAUCACGUGACCGACGACGAUGGGAGCCUAAAAUUAGUGUUAAAAAUCGAACUCUACCAAUAAAUUCAAUCUCGUUAAUUGUUAAUUAUUAAAAAUUAUCAACACUUUUGUUUGCCUUUUCUCCUA